UCCACUUCCUUCCGAAUGACCUUGACACCUACCUCACCAUCGUCUACCCGGAAGGGAUGGAGGAGAAACAAUUGUCCAGCAUGCGGAAAGAUCUUCAUUCCCGUUUCCUUAUCCCACUUUCGAGUCCGACUUUCCGGAGACCGAACAGUUUGAGGCUGUCCAGGAUCCAGUCGCCGUAUCUGCUCGACGUUCACAUUGGUCUAGCACCGUCUAAAGCAAAAGGUAAAGUGACAUUAGUUCGGGGCAGCUUCGAAUACCACCACUACAUGCAAGACAGGUUAGACGAUAGUGGAUGGGGGUGUGCAUAUAGGUCCCUACAGACCAUCGCGUCCUGGCUCUACCUCCAGGGCUACACCGAGAAGGCCACCCCCACCCACAGGCAGAUACAACAGGCCUUGGUGGAAGUCGGUGAUAAGCUUCCAUCAUUUCUCGGCUCCAAACAAUGGAUUGGUUCCACUGAAGUUUCAUACGUUCUCGAUCAUAUUUUCAGUAUUCAGUGCAAGAUAAGCCACGCCUCCUCUGGUCUCGAGAUGUCCUCGAAAAUUCGUGAGAUCAUCCACCAUCUUGAAACCCAUGGUUCACCCAUGAUGAUUGGAGGCGGGGUACUAGCCCAUACGAUCAUAGGCAUCGAUUUCAACGAGGAGACUGGCGAUGUGGCCUACCUUGUUCUUGACCCACACUACACUGGCCCUGAAGAUCUCAAGGUCAUUCAGUCUAAGGGAUGGUGUGGAUGGAAAGGUCCGGAUUUCUGGAGUGCCAAUAGUUUUUAUAACAUAUGCAUGCCUCUCAAGCCAUCCGGCUAUUGAUGGACUGAACGAACGAAUGCAUGUAUGGAUGAAUGAAUGAAUAAAUGAAUGAAUGAAUGAAUGAUGGAGGCGUGAGUAAAAGAGUUAGUUAGUCGGCAAAUGAAAGAAUAGAUGGGUAAGAAUGAAUGAAUGAAUGUAUGGAUGAUUUAAUUUAUUAAAUGAAUUAAUAGGAUGAAUAAAUGAAUUAAUAAAUGAAUGAAUGAAUUGACAGAUGAACGAAUUUAUAUAUAUACAUGACUGUAUAUCUGAAUUAGUCCAUAUGUUUGUAUUUAAUUUGUUGGCCCCAAAAAAAGAUUCUAUAUAUUUAUAUAUAUAUAUAUUUCAAAAGUCGAACAUUAUUUACCAUUUGUUAAUCGUUCGUUUAUUCCCAGACAGAUUUUCUCAUUACUAUUAUUGUUGUUAUUAUUAUUGUUGUUAUUAUUUUUAUCAUCAUUGUUGUUAUUGUUAUUAUGAUUGUUGCUAUUGUUAUUAUCAUUGUUGGUAUCGGUGAUUUGAAGCGGAGUUUUUUAAUUUUUAUUGGGUAAAAACAACUUAUUCAGGUUUAAAUAGCUUGCUAAUUGGUUGGCUGGUUGGUUUAUUGAUUGGUGGAUUGAUUGAUUUAAAAAAGGGUCAAAAGGAGUCACAAAUCUUAAAAAAAUUCUCCCCCGGGUCGAAAAAUGCGGCCCUUCAAAGGUAAAAUUGUUCUCAACACGGCCCUCACAGCAAAAAUUUAAUUAAUUAAUUGAGAUUAAUUUAUCUGUUUCGUGUUUAAAUCAUUAUUUAGUUUGUUGACUUAUCGUUCGGUUAUUUAACUGACUGACUGAUUGAUUGAUUAGUAAGUUGGUUGAUUGAUUAAUUGUUUGGGUAGUUGGUCAGUUGAAAGAAUUGAUUGAUUGAUUAAUUGAUUGAUUAGUUAAUUGAUUAAUUAAUUGAUUGAUUGAAAAAUUCUUCAAAUAAAUUGAAUAAGUAAGAUG